UCAAAAUUUAUAAAUUCAUCGGGAACCCGAUGUGACGGACUCUGAAUCCGUUGCACCCAGCCUCCGCCGGUGAACACGUUACAUCCGCUUACAUUGAACUCGUAUCGGCGAUCAUGGCAGCGUUUUCUGAAAUGGGGGUUAUGCCCGAGAUUGCGCAGGCUGUGGAGGAGAUGGACUGGCUAUUGCCAACUGACAUCCAGGCCGAGUCUAUUCCCCUCAUUCUUGGUGGAGGAGAUGUGCUCAUGGCUGCUGAAACCGGUAGUGGAAAAACGGGAGCUUUCAGUAUCCCGGUGAUCCAGAUUGUGUAUGAAACCCUGAAGGAUCAGCAGGAGGGCAAGAAGGGCAGAACCUCUAUCAAAACUGGAGGAGCCAUUUUCAACAACUGGCAGAUGAACCCUUAUGAUCGCAGCCCAGCCUUUGCGAUUGGUCCAGAUGGACUGUGCUGCCAGAGCAGGGAGUUUAAAGAGUGGCACGGCUGCCGCUCGACAAAGGGAGUCACCAAAGGGAAGUACUACUAUGAGAUGACUUGCAACGAUCAGGGUCUGUGCAGGGUGGGUUGGUCCACCAGUCAAGCUGCUCUGGACUUAGGAACUGAUAAAUAUGGUUUUGGUUUCGGCGGGACUGGAAAGAAAUCCAAUAACAAACAGUUUGACAGCUAUGGAGAGGAGUUUACCAUGCAUGACACUAUUGGUUGCUACUUGGAUUUGGAGAAGAACCAGAUUUCCUUCUCUAAAAAUGGGAAUGACCUGGGUUUGGCUUUUGACAUCCCUCAAAAUCUGAAAAAUCAGGCGUUUUUUGCCUCAUGUGUACUCAAGAAUGCAGAGCUGAAGUUCAACUUUGGAGGAGAAGAAUUCAAGCAUUCUCCGAAGACUGGGUUUGUCGCCCUGGACCAGGCACCAGAGAGCCACACAGUGAAAUCUACUCAGACAGGCACUGCUAAAGUGAGUCAGGUGAAAGCUUCGUCGAACGCACCCAAGGCACUAAUCAUCGAGCCGUCCAAAGAACUGGCCGAACAAACGUUCAACAAUGUCAAGCAGUUCAAGAAAUAUGUGGACAACCCAAAACUCAGGGAGCUGCUGGUGAUUGGCGGUGUGGCUGCCAAAGAACAGCUGUCUGCUCUGGAACAGGGGAUUGACAUUGUGGUGGGGACGCCCGGCAGACUGGACGAUCUCAUCUCCACUGGCAAGCUCAGCCUCUCACAAGUCCGCUUUCUGGUUCUGGAUGAAUGUGAUGGCCUCCUGUCUGCAGGAUACACAGACUUCAUAAACAGGAUUCACAACCAGAUUCCUCAGGUCACCUCUGAUGGCAAGAGACUGCAAGUGAUUGUGUGUUCAGCCACGCUGCAUUCAUUUGACGUGAAGAAGCUGUCAGAGCGCAUCAUGCACUUCCCCACCUGGGUGGACCUGAAGGGCGAGGACUCCGUCCCCGAGACCGUCCAUCACGUGGUGGUGCCCGUCAAUCCAAAGACCGACCGGCUGUGGGAGCGCCUGGCCAAGAACCACAUUCGAACUGAUGAAGUUCAUGCCAAAGAUAACACCAGACCAGGAGGCAACUCUUCAGAAAUGUGGUCUGAGGCCAUCAAGCUUCUGAAGGGCGAGUACACAGUGAGGGCCAUUAAAGAGCAGAAAAUGGACCAGGCCAUAAUAUUCUGUCGCACCAAGAUCGACUGCGACAACAUGGAGCAGUAUUUCAUUCAACAGGGAGGAGGUCCUGAUAGUAAAAACCACCAGUUUUCCUGCGUGUGUCUCCAUGGCGAUCGCAAGCCCAACGAACGGAAAAAUAACCUGGAGCGCUUCAAGAGAAAAGAGGUGAGACACCUGAUCUGCACCGACGUUGCUGCCCGAGGAAUCGACAUCCAUGGAGUUCCUUAUGUGAUCAAUGUAACCCUGCCGGAUGAGAAGCAGAACUAUGUCCAUCGGAUCGGCAGAGUUGGAAGAGCUGAGAGGAUGGGACUGGCCAUCUCCUUAGUUGCUAUGGAAAAAGAGAAGGUUUGGUACCACGUUUGUCCCAAUCGAGGCAGGGGCUGCUACAACACCCGGCUGAAGGAGGAUGGAGGUUGUACCAUCUGGUACAAUGAGAAAGAGUUGCUGUCGGAUAUUGAAGAACAUCUGAAAUGCACCAUCACCCAGUGUGAGCCCGACAUCAAAAUACCAGUGGAUGAGUUCGAUGGAAAGGUGACUUACGGACAACGCAGAGCACUUGGAGGUGGUAACUACAAGGGUCACGUGGAUGUUCUGGCCCCAACCGUUCAGGAGCUGGCUAACCUUGAGAGAGAAGCCCAAACUUCCUUUCUCCACCUGGGAUACAUGCAAAACCAGCUCUUCAGAGCCUUCUGAGGCCCGAUCAACAGCUGGGUUGCCUCUGCAGGCCACCGGUACAAAAUGGAAGAGAAAAAACAGGAACAUGUUGAGAUGUUGCACCGACAUUAUGCAGCCUAUCAAUUGUGUGCUUUAAAAAAUGUAAAUCAAAACUCAGAUACUUUACAUGGAAUAUGUCUAGAGAUGCCAAUAGGAUGAUUUUUUUUCUUGGUUGUGGAUGAUCAGCUACCAGAGUUUUGGGUUUUUUGGGAUUUAAUUUGGUCAUUUCUAUCCAAAUAUUAACUAUUAGCAUGCAGGCCUGUUAAGAUUGUUCAAAGAAUUAUUUGUAAAAACUUCAUUUCAUGUAAGGAGGUCAGAAGAAAGUAAAGUAAAUGCCGAUUUACAGUCCUAAUUUUGAUGGAGGCUUUUCGUUUUCCAGUUCGUGCAAUGAAGAUUAGUUUCACAAUUGCUUGGUAGAAUAAAAGGCAAUGACUAAAUGUGGCUUGUUUAUUUUCUCA